AUGGAGCCAAGACCAGCACCACCUCUUCAGGACGUUGACAACCAAGAACUUAAGAAGUUGCUUUCAUCUUUGCCAAAAGAGAGAGGUAUUAUAUCAUCCGACACAUAUCAGUACCAAGGAUUCUGGUACCCUCCUCACGCUCUGCAGGGAAUCAUCAAUUGUCAAGAAGAAUUUCAACCCCGUGAAAAUGAUAUCUUCCUUGUUACACCCCCAAAAUCCGGCACCACCUGGCUUAAAGCCAUCCUUUAUGCAUUGGUGAACCGCGAAGCCCACCCUCCUCAGGAUCCUCACCAUCCUCUACUUAGUAAAACUCCCCAUCAGCUUGUUCCUUUUCUCGAACUUCUCCAUCCCUCUGAGUACGUCUCCGUUUGCAACUCCUCAGACAGUAGCACUAGGAUCUUGGCAACUCAUGUUCCAUUAGGUACCCUCCCAAAAGCCAUAACCGGUGACUCUAGCUCUUUAAACUGCAAAAUAGUCUACCUCUGCAGGGACACUAAAGACAAUUUUGUUUCACUCUUUCACUUUGGCAACGAUAGAAUGAAAACCUCUCCCAUCUCUUUGGAAGACGCCUUCGAUUUGUACUGUAAGGGAAUCAGUCCAGGUGGACCGAUUUGGGAUCAAAUCUUGGGAUAUUGGAAAGAGAGCCAGAAAAACCCACAUAAGGUGCUCUUUAUGAGGUACGAAGAGAUGAAAGAUGAGCCUUAUUUACAGCUGAGGCGUCUAGCAAAUUUUCUUGGGAUCCCAUUUUUCCCGGAGGAAGAAAAUUCAGGUUUGGUUGAUCAAAUCAUAAGUAUAUGUAGUUUUGAGAGCAUGACCAAGGUGGAUGUUAAUAAGACGGGAACCUUUGUGGAUGGAUCUAACAAUAGUUCAUUUUUCCGGAAAGGUGUGGUCGGAGAUUGGAAAAAUUGUUUAACUGCUGAUAUGGCUUCUAGGUUGGAUCAGAUUACAGAAGAAAAAUUCCGUGGUUCCGGUUUGUCUCUCUCUAAUAUAUCAUCACCAUGUUCGCCGUCUCCCUGUAAACCCUAA